AGCCUCGCCUCGCCCCGCCCGGCGCUCUGGGAGCUGUAGUCUCUCCGGAAGAAGAGAGUGGGCUGUGAGGGGUGGCCGCCGCGGGGUGAGGGUGCUCGUGUCUUUAUCUCGAGCCGGGACGGAGCGGGCGAAGGUCGGGUGUCUACAAGGACCGGCGUAGGGGCGCUCGGGGGCGAGUCCGAAUCCCCUUCCACACAGGCGGGUGCGCGCGCGCUGUAUCUUCCCGCCCUCCCCUCCUCAGGGCGCUCGUUGGGUGGGCGGAGGGACCGGGGCCGUGCGGGCCGGUUGUGCCGCUGCCGGGGCCCCGAGCCGCUCCUCCUCCCCCACAGCAUCGGGAAGGGCGGAUCUGUGCGGGCGGAGGGGAGCGCUGCCGCCUCCCGAGGUCGGUGCCGGGAGGGGCCGAGGUGCUGCGGCGUAGCCAUGUAGCCCCGAGCGCCGGGCACCCGGACCGAGAGCCAUGUCCCUGUCCCGUGUGGAGAACCCCUGCUUCCUGCUGUUCCUGCUCGUCUUCCAAGCCGUGUUCAUCCUGAUACUGUACCGAGGAGGAGCCUCGAGUAUGUUCCGGGGGCUUUUGGAGUCGCAGCGCGUUCUGGAUUACUCCAAAAGCCACGACGUGUACACGAACCUCAGCCUGCUGGCCCCGGCUGGCGGCGGGGCGGUGCUGCGCUACUGCUCGGUGCACUCGCCCAUCGCCGUUGGUCCAUUAACCAUCACUUUUGACGUGCUCCCUAGUGAAAGAAUGAUCAUCCAUAAAAAUCCUUUUGUUCAGUCCGGAGGCCUCUACAGACCACCUCACUGCUUGGCCCGCUACAAGUCUGCCAUUCUUGUAGCAUACAGUAACCAGGAGAAAUACCUUCACCAUCUUCUUUAUUACAUUCAUCCUUUCUUGCAGCGCCAGCAGCUCAGCUACAGAAUCUACUUGAUUCAGCAGGUGGGGAAUGGCACGUUUAACCGAGCAAAGUUACUUAAUAUUGGUGUCCGGGAAGCCCUGAAGGAUGAAGACUGGGACUGCCUCCUUCUGCAUGACGUAGACCUGGUACCUGAGAAUGAUUAUAAUCUCUAUGUCUGUGACGAAUACUAUCCCAAACAUAUGGCUAGUGCCAUGGAUAAAUUUCAGUACAACCUUCCGUAUAAGUCCUUUUUUGGAGGUGUAUCUGCUUUGACUCCAGAGCACUACAUGAAGAUGAAUGGGUUUCCAAACACAUACUGGGGUGAUGGCGGUGAAAACGAUGACAUUGCUACAAGGAUCCAGUUAGCAGGCAUGAGAAUUGUCCGGACGCCCUUGCACCUUGGACGCUACAAAGUGAUGGACUACAACAGAGAGACAGAAGAGCCUUGGAGAAGAUACCUGGCGCAGAAGCUUCAUCCUGAGGACAGAGUAGAGGAGAAAAUCAUUAUAGCAGCACGAAACUGAACUCCAUAAGAGUUCUGAGCUCUUCCCCAUGUCCAGUAAUCUUAAGAGACAGAGCUAUAGCCAUUUUGUAUCUACUGGGAAUGUAAAUUCAUGCUUUUCCUGUCCUCAGCAUGGACACGGGGAAACAGUCCUUCCGCAUAGGGAAGAUGGGUUUAAGCCAAUUAAUCUCUGAAAUCGUAUUCUAAAAUCGUAUCUGUGUGACUACAGAUUCAGAAGGCGCUAAGGAACAUUACCCAGUCAACUACAGGCAGAUCUCAUGCACAGAACAGCUGCCAGCUUGUGGUGUCACAGUCAUGUUUCCCAUGGUACCACAAUGUACCCAUUUUACCUAGAACAAAGACCUGGGCCACCAGUUGCCUGGCUCCUAGGCACCUACCAAGACAAAGCAAGAUGGAACGCUGCUCUUACCUCUCUCUGUUCUCCUCAUUGCCACGGUCACGGUUGUGGAAGAUCAUCGUGUAUCUGGCUACGUCAGCAGACGGCCUCAUCACUCGCAUCUUCUGCAUCUCAACCCUGAAAGAAACAGUUGUGCCAUAUGCAAGACGCCACUUAUAAGCCAGCUCUUAAGAAACGACAUUCUGUUAGAUGCCACGGAAGCAAGCAUUGAGAACUGUAGGCAACUUAUUAUCUCUUCCACACUCGAUUUUGCUGGAGAAAUAGAGCUCACAGAGUUGGGUUUCCGCACAGGAGGUCCAGGAGGAUGUCAGAUACCCGAAACAUGUAGCUAGUACAGCAGAGAUCAUGUAGAGUUUGCUUUAAAGACAUGUUUUACAACAGAAUCCAUUUAAAUUAGUAUUGUCUGGUCUAGUUUGACUUCCAUGCAUUAACCUAGGAGGUCUGCAGCAAAACUGCAUGUUUUGCAACACAUUUAUGUCAACUAAUGUAAUGAAGCCACUACGCUUCAUAGUUCUCCACUAAAAAGAGGAAAGGAACUUGUUUUCCUGUGGUUUGCAGACAGCUCUGCAAUCUUAAACUUUUUUCCUUCAUGUGAAUAACCUCUUUAUGCAAACAGGGCCAGAAAUGUUAACUUGCAUGCACGGAUUUUAGUGUCUGGCAUCAGGCACUUGAUUGGAACUUUUGGCCUUAAACAUUAUCGGUGGAGCACAACAAUUCUGCUCUGUCAGCAGCAGAAAGGGUCAAUUUUAUGACAGUGGAGUUAAAGAAUAGCUGAGGUCUUUGCUAGUUGUAACAGCAGCUGAAAGAGCAGUAGGAAACCAAGACUGAAGAAGCAGGCCCUAUAGCUUUCCAGUAACUGUAGCAGUAAAUUAUCAAAAACUACAAAUGAUCUGAAAAUCUUUAUGAUGCUCACCAGGAAGAAAGCAUUGCAUUUAGCAUAAAAAUAAUCAGUAGAAGGUAGAUGCACUGCAGCCCUCAGUUCUUGAAAAUACUGAAGGGGAUGCUGCCAUCUGCUGCAUUUGCAGAGGAAGGCUAAAAUGAUCUCUGUACUACGACCUACUGAGAAAGUAAGCUUCCCAUUCCCUACUGCUACAAACACUGUUCACUGUCUUAACUACAGUCAACACCACCCACAAACUAAGCCCUGCUCAGAUAUAGUUAUGGUAGUCAAUGAAUGAAUUAAAAAAAAAAAAAACAAAAAACCAAGAACUCCCCCAUUCUUGCAAAAAGGAGUAGAUCUUGGUACAUUUGUAUCUCAGGCAAACCCUAUUCCACUUUGAAUCUUAUUUUGGUUACAACCAAUUUCCAAAGCAGAAUAAAAAUGCUCUGGGGAUCAAACAAAAAAAAACCAAAACCAACCAACAAAAAAUACCAGCAAUUCUCUCAGGGGAAAGAUCAGGUUUUAGAUAUGCCUAGUCUUUUUGAAGAGGAAAACAUUCACAGAACUACAUCUUCACACUCCAAAUCUCCAUACAGUAAUACUAUUCUGGAGUUCAAGAAUCCUGUAGCAUUUCAUCUUUGAAGGCUAGGUUUAAGUCUCACAGCUUUUAUUUAUCUUUUAAACCCAGCUCCUUCCCUUCUCGCACCCAUUUUCAUCUAGCUGCCUUUUUACCUGAUUCGAAGGUCGUCAUCUUCUCCACCCCAACCCCAGUAGUUGUUAGAGAAUCCAUUCACCUUGGAAAACUGGUCUCUUGUUAGAGCAGUUACACCUCCAAAAUAUCCCUGGUAACGUAACCUAGAAGUACACAGGGAGAGAAAAUGAAGAAUUAAAAGGUUGAGUUACACCAACAAUAAAAAUGCCACACAGAAACUCUUGAUCUAGACCUGUCUUUUGAGGAGUUGAGGAUGCACAAAUCUAUUAAUUAGGUCCUGUUCUCUUACACUUUUCACAAAAAGACAGUGAUUUGCUUUAGGCUAGAAGAGCUCUCCCAGCUGAAAGAAUGGAACUUUCCUACUUAAAUAGCUUCCUUAUACAACUCCCCUUGCUAAUCAAAAAGGCUCUUCUCAAGGACCUUGAGAAGUAAGAAAGGAACAAAGCGAUGCAAUACAGCAGAAGGAACAAGAGCUGCUCCUUUGUAGUAAAAACAGCAAGCCACCAACUACCUUAGAGCUGAAUCUCACAAACUUUAAAUGAAAACAGAUCUUGUGCUACAGGGAGCAUGUGCUACGGGAAUUCAGCUCAAGGCUGUAACACUGUAAGAGCAGUUCCAAGGUGAGGUAAAGUGCAAGUUGCUUUACAACCUAAAUGUCACAGAGCUCGACUCUAAAAGUUUCAUUUUAAUUUCUACUGUCCUUGUCCGGGAAACUGUAUAAUCACUGUAAUUUCAUAUCGUGUUUAUCUUACACCAUUUUGCUAAUUAUUUUUUAUGACACCCUCCACUUUCUUAGCCCUUAAGCAUUACAAGACAGCCUCUGCUAAACUGCCACUGCCAGCAUUAUGCAAGUGGCUGCAGAUUGCACUUCAAUUCCCAAAUGUACAUGAACCUAAACAGAUGAACAUAUCGGCAGGGCUAGCAAAGGAACAGCAUUUUGCACUAUUUCUGGUUUAUCAUGAAUCUAUUAAAAACAAAAAAGACAGAAUUUUUUCCCUGAGGCUGGCUAUUCCUCUCAUCAUAGAAUCAACUUGCUAGAGGGCAAGUUGCGAAGGACCUCAUCCACUUGGGUUUUGAGCAUCUCCAAGAAUAGAGAUGCCACAAGCGCUUUGGGCAGCUGUUCCAGUGUCUGACCACUUUCCACAGUAAAAAUGCUUUGUCUUACAUUUAAA